UUUUAGGAUGGCUCUGGAGUGUGAGCAGUGAGGCAGAAGAUGUCUGCGAAGAGGAGGGAUGCGUCACUGGAUUAGUGCCUGAGAAUCUGCCCCAGACUCUUCUUCCCUCUGAGCCUGCUGAGACGCCUCCAGAAAGGGCACGACACUCGCCGCUCGCUUUCCCCUCCACCAAGCCUUCCACAUGAGCCAGCCAAGCCUUACCUCCGCACCAGGAUGAAGAAAAACAAGAAAACACGUGUAUUCCUGUUUCUCCUGCUGCUUCAUUACAGUUCAGGCCAAUCAGAUUACGCUCCAUAUUUUUAUGACAAUGGACCGAGCAGCACAAACGGGAAYAUGGCCUUGUUCAGCAUCUCAGAGGAUACACCUGUUGGAACACAGAUAUACGUCCUGAAUGGGACGGAUCCAGAAGGGGAUCCGGUACGAUUCGGUCUCRCUUUUGAAAAGGGCUCCACAGAAUAUUUCAGGGUGGAUCCCAAGUCUGGAAACGUGACUCUGAGUCAGGAGCUCGACAGAGAGAAGCAAGAUGAAAUCUCAGUGAUAGUGAGCAUAACAGAUGGCCGCAACAAAGUUGUUGAGACAGUGAGAGUGUUUGUGACGGAUGCCAACGAUGAGCCUCCCGAAUUUCAAAACCUGCCUUUUAUCAUUGAUGUUCCAGAGGACACUGCCCCAGGAAGCAGCAUCUACAGAGUCCGUGCUGUGGAUAAAGACAUGGGUUCAGGCGGCAGYGUUUCAUAUUAUCUACAGAGUUCCUCAUUUGCCAAAUUCACCAUUGAUGGACACAGUGGGAUCCUCAGGGUCAAACCAGGCGAGAGUUUGGACUACGAAACCACACUGACACAUUUCGUGACGGUGGUUGCAAAGGAUGGAGGUGGGAAGUACAAGGGGAAACACCAGGUGUUGACAUCCACAGCCACAGUAACAAUCAAUGUUCUGGAUGCCCAAGACAUGCCCCCAUCCUUCGUAGGAACUCCAUAUUUUGGUUACAUUUACGAAGUCUCCGUUCCUGGAUCAGAAAUAUACACAGUGUACGCUAAAGAUGGAGAUCAAGGCAAUCCCAACUCKAUACAUUAUUCCAUUAUAAAUGGCAGUGAUGGUGUUUUUGAAAUAAAUAGCACCAGCGGAUGCAUCACUCUGACAACCAACCCAUCUUUGCUGGAAAACGAGCUUUAUGAAAUAAAAGUUAAGGCGUCUGAGGUGGGGCCGAACAGCAAAACGCUGGACUUCGACAUCACCACAGUGACGGUGCGGGUGGUGGAUCUAAACAACCAUCCUCCGACCUUUUAUGGCGAAAACGGACCACAGAGCAAGUUUGAGGUCACGAUGUACGAGCAUCCACCUGCAGGGGAGAUCCUCCGAGGCUUUAAGAUCACUGUCAACGACUCUGAUCAGGGAGCAAACGCUAAAUUUAAACUGAGGCUCGUGGGGCCGAGCCGAGUGCUUCGUGUCGUUCCUCAAACGGUCCUAAAUGAAGCUCAGGUGACCAUCAUCGUAGAGGACACGUCUGGCAUCGACUUUGAAAAGGGCCAGACCCUCUCUUUCAAGCUGCUGGCGGUGGAGAUCGACACUCCCGAGCGGUUCAGUGCCACGGCUGACAUCGUGAUCAACCUGCUGGACACAAAUGAUAACGUCCCCUCUUUUACAUCCGAGUAUUACAUCGCCAGAGUGCCCGAGAACUCUCCGGGAGGCUCCAGUGUUGUGUCUGUGACGGCAAAUGAUCCAGACUCKGGGCCCUGGGGUGAAGUCAAAUACACCAUUUAUGGAUCAGGAUCAGAUUUGUUUGCCAUCCACCCAUCCUCGGGCCUCAUCACCACCCAGCCCUGGACCAGCCUGGAYGCAGAGGUCAGGUCGAAAUACAACUUUUAUGUCAAGGCUGAGGACUCAGAGGGCAAAUAUGGCUUGGCCGAAGUCUUUGUCACCGUCCUCGACAUGAACGACCACCCUCCAGAGUUUGAYGACAAGUUCCUUGAGAAGACCAUGAUCAUUGGCACAUUUGUUAAAGUCCAGGCAGUGGACGAGGACGCCGAGUCCCCAAACAACGUCAUCGAGUACUCCAUCAUGACGGCGGAUCCCGACAACGCGUUUGACAUCAACUCAGACACCGGGGAGAUCAAACUGAAGCCGUUCAUCAAGUCGAUGGAGAUCGUCCAGAACAUCACCAAGCAGAAAGACUGUAAAUGGUCCCUGGUGGUCGAGGCCAGGGACCGAGGCUCUCCGUCCUUCAGCACAACAGCUGUGGUCAACAUUGAUAUCACAGAAGCGACUCCUCUCAAGGGGCCUAUGGCAGCUUUUUUAAUGAAAAGUAGAGACAAUCCUUUAAAAGCUCUAGGUAUGGUCACUUUUAUCAUUAUUGUAUUGGUAGGAGUGACAGUUCUGAUCUCUACGGUUACGUACAUGCGCAACUCAAAGGCGAACAGGAUCACGCCGGUGAGACGCAUCGUUAAGAAGCGACCCAGGGAGCAGCAGACCUGGAACUUCAAGAUACCUGGUAUCAAGUUUACCAACCCCAUGGAGAAGUUCCUCAUCAGCGACCCAGAAAGCAGCCCAUUGCAGGAAACUAUCAGCCCAAGGCUGAAGCCUCCACCUCCGAUCGCCCCUUGUCUGCCUCCUCCACCUCCAUCUAACGCUCGAGCCGGCGAGCGACCCCGAGCACUCCCGACAAUAUCUGGAGCGCUGGCCUACAAAGGGUCCAAGAAAACAAAGCCUGGCCGCCGCAAAGAGGGAAACAUCAGCUCUGCUUURGUGUCUGAGCUUAAAAUGAAGCUAGAGCAGAAAAUACAUGAGAAUAACCAGGGUUAUUGYUAAAUGAACAGCACAAAUGCUUGGCAGCUCCACUGCUUUUAACCCAUAGCACCUGCAGCCCAUCUGAUGCUAAACGAGUGAACCCACCUUGAGAUUAUUCAUUUAAGUGUGAGGGCUUUGCAAAAGUAUAUAUCUUAAGACAAGAUGGUGAAGAAGUAAGCUGCAUUGCGUCUUCAGUUGACCUAGUUUUAGUGACGAGAGGCGAGAGCUUGAGUCGGUGGUGCAGUCACAGAUAACACACUGCCAUCUUGAGGAGGAUUAUAUCAUUUUUCCAGUAAGGAGUAGCGCUGUAAAUUGUCCAGGGAGAGGAUUACAAAGACUUAGUGUCCAUACAUAAGUUGCAUAACUUCCUGAAAAGUGUAAAAAAAACAUUUCUGCUUGUUAAAUUCUGAUGAGAAUAGAAAUGUUUUAUUGCUCUAUGGAGCAUGCAGCUAAACGAUAUGGUCAUGGGGUGAAGAAAAACAGCUCAUUAUGAAGUGCUAAAGACCUGUGUGUUAAUAUUUUACUGUGUUACAUCAGCCGCUUCGAAGCUGAGAAGUUGCUCCUUUGUUUGAAUACGAUGUGCCACUGUAGUAAGCUGCUUUUAUUUAUUUGUUUGAGUACUUCUAGAAAAAUGCUUUUAAAGAAGUCCAUUAUGAGUGUAAUGUAUUAGAAUUAUUUUAUUAUUUUGAGUGUACAUGCCAAGAUUCCCGGAUGAAUUUUACAAAUAAAAAAUACGACAAAAUGCUCUGUUAGUGGGAUGUUGUUAGUAAAAAAAAAAUGGUCAUAUUGCUUCAAAUAUUUUGGACUUGAUAACCUGCUUGAAUUUUUAUUUUUAUUUUUAUUUUUUUGGUACAGAAUAUGUGUCUACCCAAAGCAUCUUUCUCAAACAUUUAGGUUUCCAUCACUUUUACUGUCCAUACUCAAACAUGCCUUUAAAUUUAGGCAAAUAAAAUGUCAGUGUUGUUAAAAAAUGACUUGUAUUUGAUUAUAUCUUAUUUUAAAUAAGCUGAGACUAUCUAUAUAUCAUAAAUGUGAAUUUCACAUGCCUGGUUCUUCAAAGAGUUUGUAUUGUCUUUGUA